AUGGAUGUUACGGGGGGUACCAUCAGCCACAUUGACACUUCUGCCCACUCUUCGUUCGGCCAGUCUAACGCUGCAUCCUCCUCCGCUGAAGAAACGGCCGGUUUACGCAGUCUUGCAAUUCAAGCAGAAGCACUCUCGAGCAGUCUUAAUAAGCUCCGCCUGCACUGUGGACACGAGAGCACCUCGUUGGAUAUCGCCAACGCCACCGAAGAACUUAAACUCCUUAUGGGGGAGCUCAACAGUCUCGAUUCCGCAGUCAAAGUCAACAAGGAGCUAUAUACUGAGGCCUUUGGCGAAGAUCUAGGCGAGAUUCGUGCCCAUCUCGGGGGUAUCUUCGAAGAUAUUGCCGACUGCUGCAAAGAGAUGCAAAAGGCUGAUGGCCCGAACACCAGUGCAGUGGGUUGGUUGACCAAGAAGAGAUACGUUCGCAAGCUGCAGAAACACCUCGAAGUUAACAAGACGACUCUGAUUGUCAUGCGUACAGUCCUGCAUCAUGGCAAGGAGUAUGGCACUCACAAUUCGCCCGGGCGCCUGGCCGAGUCCUCACCGCACACCUUGCAAGAAGACCUUGCCAUUCUCGAAACUGUCUUUGCCAGCAGGAACGCCAUCAAGGACCUUCAAAGUCUUGCCAAAAAGCCCCAUGACCACUCUUCUUCGACUUCGUCAACGGGAACCAGCGACACCAUGCCAUCUUUCCAACCAGGUGCACAUGGCCGAAACCUGUCCUCGGCAACAGGUGUCGAUGUUCCAGCAAUGGGAGACGUUCUUCCAGCUCGUAUUGCGGAUGGGAAAACGAAGAAACAGGAUGCACUAGCCCGAAGGUUCUCUCGCCGCGGUGUCCGCCUGGCCGUUCACAGCUCCAUCAUGGACACUAACGCUCAUGAUGUUCCUAUCUCUCUCCGGAAGAAAUGGAUUCACCAGGUUCAACUUCGACAUGAUCCUGACCAUGCGGACGCAGGCAUCCAGUCUAUUGCUCAGCUGAGCAAGAUCUCUGAAGUCAAUUCCAGCCCUGGCCCGGAUGAGGAACCGGCGAAGUCAAUCAGCCUUACAAGCCUCACCACACCGGAGCAUAUGAAGGGCAGGGAGUCUGGCCGAGCUAGCAGCGCAGCUUCAUCCACGUCGGGUCUUUCAAAUGCUCCAAGGAGAAGCUCCUCACUGAUAAAUUCGCCCCUGGGCAGAAAGCUCGGAAACAUCAUUGCUCGACUUUCCCGCGGUAGCACCGACCAACGCGGAAUAGUUGAUGGAGAGUGUGCUGAAUCAAGAGAGCAAGUGGAUCAACACGAGAAUGAGAGCUCGAAGCAAGCGGACAAGGAAAAGAAAGAAGCCACGGUGGUCAAGAAGGACAUGUCUGCAAAGGAGAAGCCGGGAUGGUCGUAUCGUUUGACAAGGCCAUUCGUGAAGCCGGAGCUAACCACACCUGAUUUCGAACGAGGGUUCUGA